CGGGUGGGUCUUCGGACCUAAACGGGUGAUUUAGUCUAAGCAUGAUUCAUCAGACACGUCACUCUCAGGCAGAGGGUGGUAGGGGAGCACACGUGGCACGUUACAGAUUGGGAAUACUAUACUCGAUCUCAGACAAUGGCCGUGGCAACUACGCAGUUAAUGCUUUUAAAUAAAGUGAUGAAACCGUUGAGGCGAUGGGGCAUUAAAUCCGCUGCUAUUUUGUUUCCUAUUGGAUACUUUCAUGAAUUUCAAUCUUCUACCAAAUUAGAACACCACUAUUUCUCCAUCCUUCCUCAUUUUUCAGUGCCGCUAUCUUCUUCGAAUAAUCAAAUGGCGAACGAAGGUGCCUUAAGGUCGGCUAUAGUAUGGCUAUCGGUGAUCAUGGUUUUAGUUGGGUUAUUCACGUUUUCUUUGAAGAAAAUUAUGGUAACUUACGCGUUUGGGAUGCUCGGAAUUAGUGGGAUACUGUUGCCCGACUGGGAUUUCUUCGAUCGUGAUUUUUCUCGCUGGCCUUAUCCGGUUACUGCCGACGAAAGAGCUGCUCUUCAAGCUCGAAGAUCUGGAUUCAAAAGGUACAGGAUUUACCCAAUGAGACUAAUUAUUUACACCACAAUUUAUAGCAUUGGCCUUUACAAGUGGUGGAUUUUCGUAUCAAGUUAAAUCAAGGAACUCUACAAAUACUUCUUUUUAGUAUUAUUAUUAUUUUAGGUCAUCAUCAUCAUCAUUAUUUAUUUAUUCAACAGAGUUUUUGGAGGAGUUAAUUUCUCAGUUCAUAUUGUGUACAGUUGUGACGAUUGAGGACAUAACAAAUAAGUUGUGCAGGUGUAUUGUUGUAUGGAUACCUUGGGUCUAGCUGCUGGACAUGCAGGGACUAUGAUGUUUUUUGUGCCAUUUAUAGUCAAAUUAUUUUUUAAACUUCUUUUAAA